GGAAAGGCGAGAGUCAGAUUGAUCGAGCGUUUUUGAAACCCUAAACAGAAACAAAUUGGGGGCAAAAUUAAAGGACCUUCGUAUUGGCCACUCGCUCAACCCCCUCGCGUGCGCGAUCAUCUUCCCCAGUCUCAGAUCGAAGCUCUCUCCUUCUCCACCUCCUUCGUCCAUAUGUAAUACACAGAGAGAGAGCCAAAGCGUUAUAUUAUCAUUUAAAUACGAUGGGAGGCAAUCCUGGUCCCUUAUGUUGGAAGAAGAGGAUGUCAUCAUCUUUUUGACAUUGACAAGGCUGGACAAUCUAGUUGGAUCUGUUAGUUACAUUGUACUGUAAACGUCCAAAAUGAUAUUCUCCGAUAAUAACCAGUUGAAAUUAAAUAAUCUCACUAUGGACAUAGAUCUACGGCUACCUUCUGGUGAACAUGACAAAGAAGAUGAAGAACCACAUGGAAUUGAUAACAUGUUAGAACAUGAAGAAAAAUUGCAGAAUGGAGAUAUUGAGAAUGGAAACAUUGUGGAUGUAAGAGAUGAGGUACAUGCUGAAGAUGGCGGGGAUUUGAAUUCUCCAACAGCAGAUAUGGUUGUCUUUAAAGAGGAUACAAAUCUUGAGCCGCUUUUUGGUAUGGAAUUUGCAUCGCAUGGGGAAGCAUACUCUUUCUAUCAGGAGUAUGCUCGGUCUAUGGGGUUCAACACUGCAAUCCAAAAUAGCCGCCGUUCAAAGACAUCAAGAGAAUUUAUUGAUGCAAAAUUUGCUUGUUCCAGAUAUGGGACCAAGCGUGAGUAUGACAAGUCGUAUAAUAGACCACGUGCCAGACAGAACAAGCAAGACCCGGAAAAUGCGACUGGUCGGCGAUCAUGCUCAAAGACAGAUUGCAAAGCUUCGAUGCAUGUGAAGAGAAGACCAGAUGGUAAAUGGGUUAUACAUAAUUUUGUGAAGGAGCAUAACCACGAGCUUUUACCAGCCCAAGCAGUCAGUGAACAAACAAGAAAGAUGUAUGCUGCAAUGGCUAGACAAUUUGCUGAAUACAAAAAUGUGGUUGGCCUAAAAAAUGAUCCCAAAAAUCCAUUUGAUAAAGGUCGGAAUUUGGCAUUAGAGGCAGGAGAUUUGAAGAUUUUGCUUGAUUUUUUCACACAGAUGCAGAAUAUGAAUUCCAACUUUUUCUAUGCAAUAGAUCUGGGAGAUGAUCAACGUCUGAAAAGUUUGUUUUGGGUUGAUGCAAAAAGUAGGCAUGACUACAUCAAUUUCAGUGAUGUGGUGUCUUUUGAUACCACCUACAUUAGGAACAAAUAUAAAAUGCCUCUUGUUUUAUUUGUUGGAGUGAAUCAGCACUAUCAGUUCGUGCUGCUUGGAUGUGCUUUGGUAUCAGAUGAAAGUACAACAACAUUUUCUUGGCUAAUGCAGACGUGGCUGAAAGCUAUGGGUGGGCAAGCUCCAAAAGUAAUAAUCACUGACCAUGACAAAUCGAUAAAAUCAGUUAUCUCAGAGGUGUUUCCAAAUGCUUAUCAUUGUUUUUGUUUGUGGCAUAUUUUGGGGAAGGUUUCUGAAAAUCUUGGCCAUGUAAUUAAACGGCAUGAAAAUUUUAUGGCGAAAUUUGAAAAGUGCAUCCACAGGUCAUCAACAAAUGAAGAGUUUGAAAAAAGAUGGUGGAAAAUUCUUGAAAAAUUUGAACUCAAAGAUGAUGAAUGGACUCAGUCAUUGUAUGAAGACCGAAAACAGUGGGUGCCAACAUACAUGAGGGAUGUUUGUUUGGCUGGGAUGUCUGCGGUUCAGCGAUCCGAGAGUGUUAACUCCUUUUUCGAUAAGUAUGUGCAUAAGAAGACCACUGUACAAGAGUUCCUGAAACAGUAUGAAGCAAUUCUACAAGAUAGGUAUGAAGAAGAAGCCAAAGCAGAUUCUGAUACAUGGAACAAACAGCCAACAUUGAGAUCUCCUUCACCUUUGGAGAAGAGUGUCUCAGGAGUGUACACACAUGCAGUGUUCAAGAAAUUUCAAGUCGAGGUUUUAGGUGCAGUUGCCUGCCACCCAAAAAGGGAAAGGCAAGAUGAGACAACCAUUACUUUCAGAGUGCAAGAUUUUGAAAAGAAUCAAGAUUUCAUUGUAACAUGGAAUGAAAUGAAGACAGAAGUUUCUUGUUUAUGCUGCUUAUUUGAAUACAAAGGUUAUCUUUGUAGACAUGCACUGAUUGUUCUCCAAAUUUGCGGCCUUUCCGCAAUCCCAGCUCAAUAUAUAUUAAAACGUUGGACAAAAGAUGUAAAGAGCAGGCAUUUGGUGGGAGAAGAAUCUGACCAUGGACUAUCCAGGGUGCAAAAAUUUAAUGAUUUAUGUCAACGGGCUAUGAAAGUGAUCGAGGAAGGAUCUCUAUCUCAGGAGAGUUACAGUGUUGCAUGCCGUGCACUAGAAGAAGCUUUUGGAAAUUGUGUGAGUGUAAAUAAUUCUAGUAAGAGUCUGAUAGAAGCUGGCACAUCAUCAGUCACUCAUGGUCUGCUUUGUAUUGAAGACGAUAGUCAAAAUAGAAGUAUGGGCAAGACAAAUAAAAAAAAGAAUCCAACCAAGAAAAGAAAGGUGAACUCUGAGCCGGAUGUUAUGACUGUUGGGGCACAAGAUAGCUUGCAACAAAUGGACAAAUUGAACCCAAGAGCAGUAACUCUCGAUGGCUAUUAUGGUGCACAACAGAGUGUGCAAGGAAUGGUUCAAUUGAACUUAAUGGCACCUACACGGGAUAAUUACUAUGGGAAUCAACAGACCAUUCAGGGGCUUGGACAACUGAACUCUAUAGCCCCAAGCCAUGAUGGUUAUUACAGUGCUCAGCAAAGCAUGCAUGGGCUGGGACAGAUGGAUUUUUUCCGAACAGCAGGUGGUUUCACUUAUGGCAUGCGGGAUGACCCGAAUGUAAGAACUGCGCCAUUGCAUGAUGAUGCAUCAAGACAUGCUUAAGGAACACGUUUCUCAGUGUUGGCAGCUUGCAUUUGAAUGGGUGAAGGAGAUGUUUUGAAGAUAAUCUCUCAUGUAAAAAGAAAAAGGAAGAAAUGUAUCAUGCCUUGUGGGCAACCUCCUCUUUUGGUACCUGUACAAUAAGACAUGAUAGAGUAGGCUGUUGUUAAUUAUUUCCUAUGCGAUCUUAUUGGAAGUAGGAAGAAAAUUUGAUCAGGGUUCAUAUAUUUUGUAAAGGAUGUUGUAUUAUUGUACCCUCUGAUUGCUUAGCCUCAGUCAAUAGGGUCAGUUGAAAUCAGAAUAACUUAUUACUAGUCAAAUUCCAUUGACUGAUUGCCAAA